AUGAUUCUCAAAAUAGCGAAUAAAUUACAUUUUUUCACAUUGUUACUCGUACUUGCCGCUGCUGCACACACAAAUGCUGCCGAGGAUUACGCCAGUAAGCAAAAGAUAAAAGAAAGUGAUAUUAUCAAAGCGUCGGUACCUGUGUCAUCGGAUAACAAGUUCCAGCAUCAAAACAAAAGAGGAGUAUCCGAUAUAUCAGAGGACAUUGUAUUAGGAUCAGCACAUCCUGGAUCAUCCUCGUAUUUGUCACCGAAUACAUUGAGUGGAUUUUCGCCAAUUGCUGCGCCUUAUAGUAGCUUGCCGUAUCAUCAUAGUAGCGGGCAUCAGCUUGGACCCAUCUAUGCUGCACCGUUUUACGCGAAACCAAUUGCUUCGUAUCCCGCAUUUAAAGCUCCUUUCACGGCAACCUAUCCCGCCAACGGAAUUUCGUACGGAUCACUGCCAGCUUUCCCGAAACUCAGUUAUGCGAAUAGUUACAACGGAUAUCCAACAGCUUCUUAUGCGACCGCUUCGCAUCAUCACAAUGCCAUUGCUUACCCAUCGAUUCAGUAUCCAACGUACCAAAAUGCCGCCCCAAUCGCUCACGGCUCAUAUUAUCCGCAACCGGCGCACAGUUCGGUGACACAUCAUGGCGUGUAUGCCCAAGCACCUGCCUCGCCCGUCAUCUAUGGAAAUGGAAUUCACAAGUAUGGACUUGCCGCUCCCGCCGUUUAUGCUGCCUCCGAUGUUUAUCAUCAACCGCAAUUCGCUUAUGCAGCUGUUCAACCAGCCUAUCAUCAAGCAUCAGUUCUCAAGCAACCAGUUUACGCUGGACCAACAGUGCCAACAGCAACCAUCAAGCCAGUUACCCAACACUCUCAGGCUGGCGGUGCCGUUAGUUUUGCCUCCUUUUCACAACACACAGGCACAAAAGGACCCAUUUACGGUGCUGUUGCCUCUGCUCCUGUAGCUGCUGUCGCACCGCAAUAUGCCGCUGUUUCGCACCAAUAUGCCCCUCAACAGUACAUCGUGUCAGGCGGUUACAAAGUCGCUGCUGCAUCACAACCUGCUCCUGUCUACGCUCAAAUCCCCUACUCGAGUGGCGCUGUGCAAUACGGCUCACACUUGGUCCCCGCCGAACCCGCUAAAGUUGCUUAUCAACAGGUGACACACCAUAAAUAA